AUGCAACGAAAUGAUUUCUACAUCCCACGAAAAUCGCUAAAUGAGACAAACAUAUCUCUGCAUUGCGUAAACGAUGUUGCCAUUAACAGCGAACCAUUUCGAAAUAUAUAUCAGCAAGUAAUUUCAUCGCAUAUUUCAAGCAGCUGCCAGGAUCGGGAAUCGAUCAGAAUUGUCCGGUGUAGAAUUAUAAGUAAUAAACAACUGGAAACACGGUUCUCUAAUUUUCGGCGUUCGCUAGAAUCGCAGCGGUUACCCGCUGACGUGUCGUUUGGAUACACUCUUCUCUCGGAUAAUGUGCGAGAAAUGGAACUGAUAGCACAGUGGGGCCUCAGCGUUAACAAUAACUUCGUGGGGGAUUUGGGUGAACCAACAUAUGGUGUUUACUUGUCGGGACACCCCGAUUUAGUUACACCAGCACCAUUUCUUGGACGAACCAAAUUGAAGAUUUUAGCGUGCAAGAUCUUGAAAGGUAGAUGCAAUAUUGUUGGUUUGGGGUCUUAUCAUUUAUUGCCUACGCGAGGAUGUCAUUCGCAUUCAGCUAUGCAACCAAUGGAUUGUAAAUUAUCGCGACAUGAUAAUUAUCGAUGUGAUCAGAUUUUUUUGUUUGAAGAGAAAGGAGUUGGUUAUUCCAAAUCGCCAGCAAAUAUUUUACCUUUUGCCAUAUAUGACGUCGAGUUUCCCCCAAAUACUGUUCUGUCUUUCAAAGGAACGGAUUCAAUUGUUUGGAGUGGUAAUUUAUUGAUUGGAAGUAAGCGUUAUAGUCGUGUUUCACUGUAUUCAUUAGCAGCAGCGACUAAACCACCAUUAAUUGACACUUACGAAGUUACCGACUUCAUUCGUUGGACUACGUGCCUGGCUUUUCCACCGGUUCUUGAACUGUUGAAACCACCAGCUCUUGGAGAAAUCGCUUUGAAAAAAGAGGUACUUUUGGUCGAUUCUCAACGUUUAGUCUACUAUUUUACAUUAUUUUCUGAAGAUGAUUCUCAUGAUUUUGUUUUACUACACGAAUCUAUGAGAAUAAAGCAAGCGGCAGGUAUAACGAUCUUUCCAUCUGUUGGGAUUUUCAUUCUUUUGCCAAACGGAUUAUUUAGUGAUUUGUUAACACUUCCUAAGACAGCGGGCAAUAUUUUCCAUUGUUUAUAUUUGACAUCUGAUUUGAACUGUUCUUUAAUAAACGGUGCAUUCGAAGCGAUGUCGACGGAGGAGAAUGAUGAAUUUAUGAGGCCGUUGUUACUUCAAGAGCGCAUCGAUGGACUGGAUGUUCGUAUUCAAGAACUGGUACGAAAUGUGGCUAAGAAAACUUUACUUUCGGAAGAGAAUUCUAACAAAUUAAAGAUUCAAGGAGAAACAUCGAAUGCAAGUUCCGAAGCGGUUGACAUGGAUAUAGCAGACAGUGACGAUGAUGAAGAGAAGAGGGGAUGGCGUGUUGAGCGUAUGAACUCAAAAUCUGGGAUGGAAAAUUCCUUAAAAGAGCAUCCAAUAUCAACCUCAGAUUCAAAAUUGAAGCCAAAUUUACCGCAUUCAAUUGACGAAGCAGUGUCAAAGCAUAAGCGAUUACUUUCUUCUAAUCCUCGACGUGGAAAGAUGUUUAUCAGUAGAGAUCCCAGAAAACGUCUUAUCAAUGGUCGAGAUUUGCCAAUUCCAUCAUGUUCAGUCGCAGAACGAAAGAUUUCAGACUGGAAUUCUUUGCGUGAACAAUCAGUUACUAAAAAAAAGCCAACACCAUCAUUCGGCUUACCUGCAAUUGAUUUCCGUGGCUAUUCGCCAUCAGAUGCGUUAUCCAGUGGAGAAUCGUCACCGAGAGCUGUUUCGCAGUCCCAGAGUUCUCCGUCUAACAGUUCUCCGAAUCUUGGAGUUAACGACAGUACGGCGUUUCUCGGGAGUUUUUCGAGAAAUCAGAGUGAACCGGAUAGUACUGAAUCUCCUGCUAGUCCUCCACAUGAAUCUGGUGUCUUCGUUGCUACUGCGCCAAAAAUUAUUUCCGAUUACGAUAUGAGGUCGGCUAUCGAUGCUUCAUUUCAAAUGCCCGCACGGCAGUAUCGGCCUCCGGAAGUUACACCGUUUACAGCUGUAGCGUCAAUAGAAGCAGUAAAGAAUCCUGAACCGCUGACUGAUAAAAAACAAAAAAAUCUCGCUAUCAAUGAUGAACCCACUUACAUCCUGCCUGAAUUAGUUUCAUUUCCAUCCCAUUCCAUUCAAAGAAAUCCAGCUGAAAGUGAAAAGAAGGAUUCGUUAUUAAAUUCUCCUGCUCAACACUUCCAGUGGAAUGUUUUUCCGAACUCAGAUGUUGAUGAUCAUGAUCUAUCAUUCUGGAAAACAAAUAAUGAAUCGAUAGCUAGUGGUGAUGUAGAUAUGCGUGCUAUUCAUUCAGUUAGUACUGUUCCAGAUACUUCACGUGAAGUUAUAGUAUCAGCUGCGCAUCAUGUAAGAUCUGUUAUACAAGCACCGAUCGUAUUCUCUAAUGGCGACACUGAUCAUCGUAUGAUUUCAUCAGCAGUUCGACCUUCAACUUCUGCACAUUCCCCUGAAAGCUUUACAAAUGAAUCUACUGGACGCUUACGCAUGCAUCAUUUUUCUUCACUUACUUCCGUUCCUUACGCGGGAUCCUUUCGAUACAGUAGUACUACUCCGACCAGCUAUACAGCUAGAUUUAAACAUCCACGCGUGUAUGGAUUUUUCAAUCAACCAACUAUUCAUCGCCAAUCGAAACCGUAUUAUGCUCGAGGUGCUGUGAGUAGCAGUUCUUCGGUAACCUUUCAAAGACGAGGAGUGUUACUGAUCGAUGAUAUUCAAUUUACUGUUGGGGCUUUGGAUCCGAAGCUUUUCCGGAUGAUUCUGGAGCGUUUUUCGAAUUGGAGGGAAAGUGGUUCCAGUUCCUGGUGGGUCAAACUACAUACACAUCUCAGGCAGGCUUUGAUUUUGGAUGGUACCUCGUCGAAUUCUGAUUCGAAAAUAGUGGAAAAAUAUGCCCAUUAUGAAGAAAUAAUAAAGGAAUAUGAAAAUCUGAAAGUGAUACAAACAAUGAAACCACAUGAAUGUGAUAAAAAUAAAAAUGAUGCGAAUAUAUUGUUGAAAUGUUUGAGUCAUAUUGCAAAUACAAAUCGAAAGUGCGCCAUGAUUUAUUUGACUGAUAUGUCAAAAGAUUCGUCAGUGGGUAAGCAGAUAGCAUGCACGGGUUUUGAAAUUUAUCGCAGCGUGGAGCUGUUGAAAAAAUUUGAUAUCUGA